UCCAGUCCCGUGCGUGCCGCCGAGCCGUCGACACGUAUCGUCGCCCCGUUCCAGUACACACGCUCCUCCGCACACUCGCUCUGUACAAUCGAAGGGAGAGAGAGAGAAAGGAGCAGCAGCAGCCUGCGAGCGCCUUGCCUUGCUUUUGCGCCUGGAUGUACGGGAGCGCGCCGCGACGAGGAUGGAUUACACUUGCUGAUGCUGCUGAGUGCGUUCUUCCCCCUACAGCUAGUGCAGUGGCAUACACGUUGUUCCGCGCAGCGUUGUGACUCGAGUGUGCAUAAGCAGUGACAGUGCAGCGCUUGCUCGUUCGCUCGCAUGAAUGAGACAAAACGCGCGAGUAUCGAUUGUGCAGCGACGUGCCGAUGAUCCACAGCGGCAUCGGCAGCUCUGAACACGUUCUCCGGACUCUGCGGAAUUUUUCCUCCCUAACCGGCGAGGGAUAAUAUGCCGAAUUGAAACUCUAGCACGCCAGUCAACGUCGUUCAGUGUGAUGGAGAUUUUCUGAUCUGGAGUAUAUAAGAGAGUUUUGUGUGUGACGUGCGCCAAAGAGAGCGAGGAGAGAGUCGUGAUUGUUGUCCUGUGCAAGUGAUGAAGUAUCUCGAGAAGAAAUGUGUGCAAGGAUUAAAUUCUCGCCCUACAAGUUCUUGCAAUGCGUAAUCGUUUUGUGUAUGUCAAACCUCCCACACUCGGACUCGUCGAAUGUCCGUGCGGCGCCGCAGUCGUUUCGAGUCCGGCCGCUGAACACCUCGGUCCUGGAAGGAAGCGAGGUCACUCUGCAGUGCGAGGUCAAUAAUCGAGUUGGCAACGUGCAAUGGGUCAAAGACGGCUUCGUCUACGUGAUACAGCCAAACGGAGAAGUGGUUGGUCACUCGCGAUGGCGAAUCGUGGGCGAGCAGUCGCUGGGCAUCUACAACCUGAACAUCAGGAACGCCUCGCUGAGCGACGACGGCGACUACCAGUGCCAGGUCGGACCUUACGGACGCAUCAAGGCCAUCCGCACCAAAGCCAAGCUCACCGUUCUAUCGCCGCCCCAGUCGGUGGAGAUCAUCAGCCACUCGCGUGACUCCAAGAUCGAGAUCGAGCAGAACAAGUCGUUGAAGCUGGAAUGCAUCGUGCGGAUGGCCAAACCCGCGGCAACGAUCGUCUGGUACCGCGGCAACGUCGAGAUCAAGGGCGGAGACAUCCACAUCACGUCCGUCCCGAUCGCUGAUGAAAAGGACGUGCUGAAGCCACCGGACCACAAGGAUGGCAAGCUCGAGAAGUACGACACGCAGGGCUCGAUCACCAUAACGUCGACGCCCGACGACGACGAGAUGGUCUACACCUGCGAGGCCAAGCAUCCGGCGAUACACAUCGAGAGACCCAUGCGAGCCAGUGCCACGCUAUCCGUUUUCUACAAACCCGGACCGCCGUACAUCGAGGGCUACGUCGAGGGCGAGACGCUGCGUCGAGGUCAGCAGGUCGAGCUGACCUGCAAGUCUCGCGGUGGCAAUCCGCCGGCCCAGGUCGUCUGGUACAGGAACGGCGAGGUUGUGCACUCGGUUUACACGACAGAGGGCCACGUCUCCAAGAACGUGCACGCCUUCAUCGCCCAGGCCAGCGACGACAAGGCCAGGUUCGAGUGCAAGGUCUCCAACGUCAUGAGCGUCACGCCCAUGACCACCCACGUCGACCUCAGCGUUCUGUUCGCGCCGACGGGCGUAGAGCUGACCGGUCCAGCGGAGGCGAGGGCCGAAGAGCGCGUGACGAUCACCUGCACGACUGACAUAUCGAACCCCGUAUCGGAGAUCAAGUGGGUGGUCGAUAACCACAGGAUCAACAGCACCUCGAAGGUCAUACCGGCUGCGCAGGGCGGCUUCAUCACCACCUCCAACAUCACCUUUCACAUCAACAAGGUGGCACAGCGGGCGGUCGUCGUCUGUCACGCGCAAAACAUCAAGCUGUCCGAGACCAUUGUCGGCACCCACACCAUCAACGUCAUCUAUCCGCCCUCGAGGCUAGAAAUCUCCGGCUACGAUCCAAGGACUCACAUCGUCGCGGGAACAGUUCUGAAGCUCUCGUGCACCGCAAUAUCCGGUAAUCCCCCGGCGACUAUAACUUGGUUUAAGAACGACAUACAGGUACGUAAAAAGGUAACGAGUACGACAAGGCCACGAGAUCACGCGGUGACCAGCGAGAUGGCUUUAUUGGUUAAUGCAACGGACAACAAGGCCAACAUUCGUUGCGAAGCGAACAACUCUGCAACGCAGGUACCCCUCAUCCAGUCCGUCAACCUCAAUGUCUACUUCCUGCCGGAGACGGUAAGAAUCAGCACCGAGCCCGCUGAGUUCAGAGCAGGAAAAACUGGCAAAUUAAUUUGCGAGUCGAAGAGCAGUAAUCCCGCGGCCGAGAUGUCCUGGUGGAAGGCCGGCAGCCCCGUCACCGGUACGACGAAUAGCACCAAGAACGGUCUAUACGGUGGUUACAUCUCUUCCGUCGAGCUCGAGCUCGAACUUAACGAGGACAUGAACGGCGAAGAAUACACCUGCCAGGCCAAGAACCCCGAGAUCGAUCGCAGCGUGCACGAUUCCACGUCCCUUGACAUCUUGUAUAAACCGUUGUUCGAGACACUAGAGCCGAACCAGCUCGUGGGCAUGGAGAGCGAGCCGUUUGUGAUCUCGGUGGAGGCUCGGGCCAAUCCCAAACCCAUAACGUACACUUGGACACGGGAUGGCUUGCCGUUGAGCAGUGGUGCCGCAGGUACUCGAAUACUCGCUCGAGGCUCGACGUUGAAUAUUACGAGGCUCGACCGCAACGACGCCGGCACUUAUAUCUGCGAAGCCAUGAACGACGAGGGCACGACUUUUUAUCAGUUGAAUUUGACCGUUCAAUAUCCGGCGGCGAUAGUACGCACGUCUACCUCAGGCGUGAUCUAUCCUCAAGGCGUCGAAGCGAAGUUGUUCUGUGAAGUCGAGGGCUCACCAAUGGGCGGUGAGUACAUCACUUGGUACAAGGAAAGCACGAACGUCGGUGAGCUUGGUGACCGGUACUCCACGUACUACUCCAAUAAAACCUCCUUCCUGAGGAUAAAACAUCCGAAUCAGAGGGAUGUCGGCGAGUACAGAUGCAACAUCAACAACGGCAUCAGCAAUGUCACCUCUGAGCCUAUCCUAUUCAUUACGAAUUUCAAGCCAGAGAUGGCAAAUUCUCCACUGACAAAGAAGGCUGCCGUGAAUAAUGGAGCUAACGCUCAGCUCUACUGCAAAGCUAAAGGUUCUCCAUUACCACACUUCACUUGGGUGUUCAACGGAAAAACGAUACUGCCAAACGUGACUGAUUACAAAUACGGCUUAACCUAUACUAAUCUAUCGGAGUUGUAUUCGCAAUCGGUGCUGACGGUCUACCACGUGGGCCAGUCGGAUUACGGCAAGUACGAGUGUCAGGCGCAUAACAGUGUAGGCCACGCCUCCGAAUCCAUCGCCCUGGACGUGACCUCACCUCCGGACGAGCCCUCCGACCUCGAGGCCGUGAACGUGACCCACGACAGCGUGACGCUCGUAUGGAAGCGCGGCUUCGACGGCGGUCUGCCCACCUCGCAUCAGAUCCGCUGGCGCGAGGCGCGAGACGACGAGGCCAACUACCGCUACCUCGACGUCUCGCCGGGCAACUACCGGGCGGUGGUCGAGCACCUGGCUCUCGGCACUUACUACGUCUUCAGCAUCCGAGCCAAGAACUCCAAGGGCGAGAGCCCCUUCCUGCCAGAUCUCCUGAAAGUUCAAACACUACGUCCCGACGCGGCCGAGAAUCUCACGCCCGACGUGCUCAAGGAGCGGGGCGAGAGCCCGAUGAAGUACAUUUACACGAUCGCCGCCACCUCGAUCGUCUUUUUUAUUAUUAAUGUCUUCAUCAUGUUGUGGUAUAUCGUGAGAAAGAAAAACAAGGAUCGCAUAAAUAAAUCUCAGACGGCGGACAUGUACGCGCCGUCGACGGUGAACGGCGACACGAUGACCGGCGAGUUGAGCUCGGUGUCAGACGAGAAGAGCGACGUCAACUUCGACGCUAACGAUUACGUGGACGAGGGGCGCAAGACCGCGGCGAGCACCUACCUGAUAGACCCGACGCUGCCGGACUACGGCAAGAGCGGCCUGGAGAUGCAGGUCCACCAGCAGGGCACCCUCAACCGACGAAGCAAUCACCUGCCUAGCAUGAUGAACAUGGACUCGCCGCCUCAGCGCACCACCGCCAGUGGUACACUAUCCGCUUCGAAGUCGAGCUACAUAGGCAAUCCGAGCCCUGCUCCACCCUCCGACGUAAAUUUCUACAGCGUGGAGGUGGAGAGCGGUCGCUUUAUGGGAUAUGAGUCGAACCCGAGCCCGGCCCCAGCCUCGACGAUCCUCGAGGGCCCGGGCCCGGGCGCCUACUAUCCUUCCCUCAGUCCUGCCUCCGGCCACCACCAUCACCAGCAGCAACAGCAGCAGCACCAGCUCAACCAGCAGCUGCAGCACCAGCAAGGGGGCAACAGCGCGGUGGGCCUCGGCAGCCACGGGACGAGCCUCCUGAUGGGCGUGGGUGGCCUCGGCGGCGGCCUUGGCUUGGGCUCCGGCAUGGGCACGCUGACCAGGACGCGGACCCUGCCGCGGCCUGUGCCCCCCCCAGACGUCACUGUUAUGACUGCCGGAACAAAGUCACCUCUGCCGCCGACGGUACCCCCCCCGCCAGCUACAUUUGCACGUGCGGCCCCCAUCCCCGGACAUUCCCACGGGCACCCAUUGUCAACUUUCACAUCGACGCCGCAGUACUCUGAUAUUGACGGGCACCUCGUCUGAGCUCGCCGGGAUGCCACUGAGAUGAUGUAGCAGCCCGACUGCGACUGCGACAGCGACGAGGACAGCACCAGGCUCUAAUGGACGACUACUGAUGCUGCUGCUGCCGCCGCCGGACUCUAUAGUUUCGGCGACGUCGUCGUAUAGAUCACGAUGAGCAUACUACUGAAUCGAGCUGGCGAAAUUCAAACGGCCAUUAUCCGCCGCCGCGUAAUCUGUCUUAUCAAUUUAGAAGUCGACUGAAAAAAUGUCCCUUGCUUACCGAUCGAGUAAGUUUUUUAAGAGUUUUACUAACUUUUUCGACCGAAAUCGGCAUACGAACUUUCCAUUUGAUACGAUAAUAAUAGCUGCCCGCAAGCACUGAUCGCGUCAAUUUGAGAUCGUUUUUAACGUAAUUUGUACAUUGCAUUUCUCUUCUAUAUAUACGAGAGCUCUUUCUUUGAUAAAAGGAUGUAUUUAUAAGCGAGCGGACAAUCCUGUGAAUUUUGCCAGCUAUCGAACGGAUGCUGGAUCGACGAUUUCUCCGCAAAGACGACAUUAAUCAUGCGAAAAAAGCAACUGUGAGUGCAACGCCGCGGUUUUACGUUCGAGUGCUCGAAGAUAAACGAACAAAAACAUGGACACCGUUAUGCGAUAAUGAUUCGGUGAGCUUCGAUAGCUUGUACAGUGAGCGAUAACUUUUGCGUGUAAAUACCGUGAGAUUGUGAGUAAGUGAGAUAUUUUAGGAUUUUAAUAUACGAUAAGAACGGUUGUUCAUCUAUUGAUCAUUAUUUGCUUCGUUGUUUUUAAUCGUUACUUUUCGUGACGGAUCUUCUCUGGAAAUUUAGUGCAACCAAAGUUUUUUAUAGCGGUCUCGAGAUAAGUGCUGAUACCUCUAAAGUCAUCGAAACCGGCUCGCGACCUACGAUGAUUUUGGUACAACGUGCAGCUCUUCUCGAAAAGAGUAUUCACCGGAAUACGAAGACGUAUAUACGUAUCGAAUAUCUUUUAUUACAAAGUUUUACAUUCGUAGAACCUUCAAGUUUUCAGAGGAGCUUUAUUUUUUAUUUCAUCAGCUUGAGGGAAAAAGCGGGCGGACAGAGAAUGAUGAAUGAAACAAACCACGAGGCGAUUGUCACUCUUUUCAGUGUCGCUUCCGAAUAAGUCAAUAUAUUCACAUUGUAAAGUUAGCGUUUAAGUACGUUUAGCGACGACUGACGUUUUUCUUAAUAUAAAAAUAAAAAUAAUCCAAAGUCCAGAGUCGGUUUGCCUUCCGUAUGAAAAGGUCCGCGCGAGUACACGAAAUCGAGUAGGUCGUUUUGAUAUAUAAAGUCAGGCGGGAAAAGCGUUACGGAAAUCCAAAGGCGCGAGUGCAAAUUAGUGCGAAACUCUGCUUUUUGAAAAUUAAUCGUUCGCCGGAUAAUCAUUUGAAAGACAUGAAAGUGAGUGUCUCGCUGUAGUGAUAUAUCGUUAUGGAGAAGACAAUAGCAUGCACGGUCUCAUUAGUUGCUCGAUUGUUCUGUUUUUGUUUUAUUUUUCUGUUCGUAUAGAGUUCAGUUUCAGAUUCUCUGAUCCACGUACAUACACUAACACUAAAAAACGAGAACAAAAUUCACGCGAAUCGUUUCGAAUCAUCUUUUGUACAUACGACCCGCCAAUACGGAAUUAAUAUUAUAUCCUUAUAUAUACGAACCUAUUCAACUGAGUGUUAUACACAUACAUACAUACAUAUAUAGACAUAUAUUUUUGCAUUUAUUUCUCAUUCGAUGAUCGUUCUUGUAAAUAGCGUAAGCACAAAACAACACGAUGUCGACAUACACAUCAACGCGUUCACGACGUCUUAAAAACGUUGACGUUUAUUCCUACACACAGGUAUAAAAAGAAUAAAAAGAAGUAAUUCAAUGGAUCAUAUGAGGGUCUCGCGCUACGCCGUAGGCUAUACAAUGAAAAAUAAACGCGCUAUAGGGCAUCAAAGACUAAAAGAAAAGAGAGUAGGAGAAAUAAAGAACCGUGUAUACUGUCGCAAGUUUAAAGACGACGUAACAUCGUUAUCAAUUUUCUUUCUUUUUCGUUUUACGUGGAAAGCCUAAGUAGUUUGCAUAUAUAUUUUUCAAAGUGAAAACAAUAAAAACGUGGCGGUAGAGUAUUUCCGCGAUGUGGAAAAAAGUACGUGCAACUUUUGAAUACGUUUUUUGGCCUAUUGUAAUUAUACGUACAUACGCGGAGUAACUACUAUUCUGCGCGAGCACGCGACACCUGAUAAGUUUGAUGAUUUUUCGUCUCUGUUUCUUCUGAAAUUAAUAAGAGUAUAUUUUUUUAAGAAGUCACAAGAUUUUAGAAAAAAAUUGUUUCGUGAUGUGAAAAUUUCUGUGAUUUCGUUGUUUGGAAAACAUGUGAUUGAUUUAUAUUUGUUAAAAGUGUAUGAAAAACGCGUGCACUAUAAUAAUAAAAAAAAUCAGGUUUACUGGUGUCGCGCGCAAAACGUUUACGGUUAUUAUUGACGAAAAAAAGUUUUAUGAAUGGGAAGUUUGUGGAGCAUAAUAUUGCACAUACUGUUAAAUUGAUUAUUGCGAUGAUUUGUUAUGAAAAAAAUAGUAGAAGCCUACGAAGCUUACGAACGAACACGUAUUGUUGAAGUAGAUAAAAAAAACGAUAAAAUAAAUAAAAAAUCAACUGUUACACGUGUGUACGAAGCCAAUGAGUCACGGCUUAGACUGAUGAUUUAUGGUGAAAAAAGCAAAGUGACGAGAUGUAGAGUAAAACGGGAGAAAUAAACGUAUGCUCAAUUAGAGAACAUGUUCGCGCAUAAUUAAGAGGUUCUAUUUACAUAUACAUGUUUUAUAUUUGUAAUUAACGAAUCAUCUAUUAACUUAAACAAUACAAUACCUGAAAGCGUGAGAGAAAAGAAAGAAAAACAACAAUUUCUUAGACUAUGUGGUCUCCAGAGUAUUUGAUUAGAAGUGCUAGAAAAAUGUUAAAGAAAAUGAAAGUGCGUUACGUUGAGAGGAAAUAUAAUAGAAUAAGUAGUAACAAAUGUUGAUAAAAGGAUUUGAAAUUUUUGGCUGUAUCAACUAAGUUUCUUGCGUUCUAAAACCUUCGUCAAAAGUUUUUCUACGAUCUUUUUGCGAAGGAAACACUGCUAGAGUUUUAAAGACUGUAACUCGAAGUUUUAAAUGUUAUUACGGUCGCGCUUUGAAUUUCUGAAAAGAAAAUGUUGAGUUCGAGUAUAUGAGGUAGGUUUUUAAAAAGAAUGCACCAAAAAUUUAGUUGCCAUAGCUAAAAUUUACGACUCCAGACACAUUUGUAAUUCGAAAUCUGUUUUCUCUAGGCGGAACGAAAAUUAACGGAGUAGUGAGCGAGCGGAUAUACGUCCACAAGAGUACCUUGGAGAUGUACAUACUAUCUAAUAUAAUACGGCACGAUAUUUGAUAUUUUACAUGAUAGCAAAGAAAAAAACUAAUAAUUCUGUUGAUUAUUCUAAGACAUAGUCAAUCCUAAUUAUACAAUCAUUAAGAUUAUGAGAGAAUGUGCAAGAGCGUGAGAACGUGUGAGACGAAAAUUAAUCAUUUUAACUUGUAAAUAAUGUACAUAAUUGAUUCUUAGAUAGAUAUUGAAAAUUGAAACACGCAUUACGAAUUAAAUAUAUCAAUAAAUACGAAAAAAGUGGAGGAUAAGAAAAGAUCGAGAGCUUUUGUAAUAAGUAAAAUAUAGGGUCGAUGUUUUCAUCGCAAACUUUGCAUCUUCGCGCGAUUUUUUCUUCGUCGAAAAUACUCAUCGUAUGUGGUGAUGGUGGUGGUCCUUUUUAAUAAACAGAAAACACAUGAAAUAAUUAAUACUGCGUAUUAUCGAAUGGAAAUGACGGGAACGAAUGUAUAAGUGCACAGGUGAACGCGCAAGUAAACAUUAAAAAAUAAAAAACUAUGUAAUUUACUAAAAGUGUGUAUUGUGUAUAAAAAAUAAUGUGGAUAUAUCGAAUAACGAAUCGCAUUAACAUCGGGCUUUCGGUCCGAGCCCUUUUCCAGUUACAAAACUCGUUCUCACGUUAACUCGAUGAAAAAAAUAAGAAAAAACCUUAAUGUAAGCGAAAAAAAAUGAUAAGGCACUACUAUACAUACGGAAAAUGCGCUGUCGUCUGUUUCCGAAUGCAGAGCCAAACAAGAAAAAUUAUCUUCACUUUCUUUGUUCAAUCGGUUGUUCGAAAUAGUAUAUCGCAAACAAUGCACUGACUGUACGAUUUUUAUAUCAGCAAUUUUAUCACUUUUUUUCGCCACAAUUUUCGAGCUGUUUUUAUACACUGUUGUUGAAACACCUUUCCGCGAGGAUUUGAGUUUUGAUACUACCAGAGAUUGUAAAAUUUUAAUCACAGCACUGGUCUAGAAAGGAUUUGUAUUCACCACAAGAUUAUACACGAUCAUAAAUUGUAUCCACAAUCAUAUCCACCGUUUGAUGGCAAAAAAAUGGAAGUCUAUAACAUGACCGUAUUUUAAAACAAAGUUAAAACUCUGAAAGUACGAGGUCAUGUGCUGAGAAAAUGAGAUUAUAUCACAACGUAGUUUGGCCAUUUAUGAUCGCAGUAUGAAUCUUUUUUAGACUAAUACACAGGUCAAAAAGGAAAAAGACAACUUUUCGAACAGAAUGUUCUCUUCUAUAACGAAGCUGCCGUAUAAUCAGACAAAGAGAGAUUAACGUGUUAUCUUCGGUAGUUCGUACAAUGAUUCGCCGAUCUCUCAAACUUAUUCCUUUUUUGCCCGCACAAAAACCCUGUUGGUUCGGUACGUGCGAACGCUUCCACCUAUGUGCCAAUACAUUAAGUAAAUGUUUUUCGAUGUGUAAUGUAAAAGACAAAACAAAACAAAAAAAAUCACGUGUGAGAUGUGCGCAAAGACAGACGUUUUCAUCAUCAAGCUCGUUUAUAUCCGUAAGUAUUCCGUGUAAGCAAAGAUUUAAAAAAAGUGUAAAUCCUCCGUCUUAAUUAAGGGAAUAAAAAAAAACUAAGGAAAUGAAUGGAACAGUAAUAAUCUCAAGGACACUCGUGCGAUAUCAUAAUGAUACGCCGCGCGGAGAGGGGAAAAAGUGCAAGAGAUAUAAUGAGAAUGAACGAGAAUGAGAGAAAGAAGGUGAAAAAGCUCUUCGAUAUGAUGAGAAACUUGUAUAAUAUAAUUAACAAAAAAUUCAUCGUACAUUAAUUAUUGUACAUAUAUAUAGUAUUUUUACAUUCUAAUUCUAAAUUCCAUUUCCGAUUCUAAAUGGUACAGUACAGCUCUGUGUGCUUCGCCUGUCAUCUUUGCAUUAUUACGCUACGUCGGAGAAAUUGAUGUAUUCUUUUUGUUUUCCUUCCAAAGGAAAGUCACUGUCAGUUCGAUAUGUUUCUUUCAAUAUUAUAUACGAUAAUUUAACUAUUUAAAAAAAAAACGUGUUACGUUAUCUUUAACGAUAGUCCGUAAGAGAAAUAUUAUUUGUUUAAUUUGAAUAAGCUGUUACUCGAUAAUUUGUAUAUUAUGACGAUUUGUGUUAUUCGCGAUAAAAUGAAAUGUCGAUCAAUAUAUAAAUUGUACAUCUAAACACCUUCGCAUUUUUCUUACACCGCCGAUGCAAAGUCGAAUUGUUCGCGUCCUUCGUAUCAACGUGUGACGAUUUUCGUUAUAGCUCGGACAUAGCGAGUAAAAGAGUAAGGAACGACGAAUUUCUUUGUAUUUUUCAUUGUGUCAACGCUGUAACUACGAAACAAAUGCACGAAGGCAGAGUGAAGCUUAACACGCUAGUCCUUAAUUUAAAACCAAAGUACGACGAAGAAAAUUACGUAUAGCUUUUAAGCGAAUCUCAAAUUAAUGAAAGGAAACGAAGAAAAGACGAAAAAAAUAAACAAGGAAACGUCACACACACACACACACACACACACACACGUACACUUUUGUGUCUUCGCGAGCAAAAAAAAA